AUGUCUCCUCUCUUGCCUCACACGUGCACUGGAACUUAUUCUCUCUUGGAACCUCUCCACACUUCCACUACCACUCUUCUAAUGGUAAGAGGAGGCACCACCAAAGCAAACUUGUUGCUUCUGGGGGGAGCUAAGAGAGCAAAGAGUGGACUGAGCAAAUUCUCUGGCACUGCCCAGGCAGCUGCUGCUGCUGCAGAAAGCCCUGGAGGAGUCUCAAAGAGUGGUGGGAAGAUAGAGGAUUCAUCUUGGUGGGUCCCACACCCUCGCACAGGAAUUUACUUUCCAAAAGGGCAUGAGUGGGUGAUGGAUGAUGUUCCAGAGGAUGCAGCUCGUUUAAACCAGACUUUUUGGUUCAGAAACGUUGAUGGUGUUGACAACCCCAGACACCAAUCUUAG